CCACGCGGUGACAUCAUCACGGCCGUUCCCGGCGCCGCUGCCGGUGCCGCUCCCAAUCCCGAUCCCGAUCCCGAUCCCGAUCCCGGCCCCUGGCCCGUGAGGGCGGCUUGGGGCGGUCCGAUGCGGCGGCGAGCAGGAUGCACCAGAAGCUGCUGCGCAGCGCGCACUACAUCGAGCUGGGCAGCUACCAGUACUGGCCGGUGCUGGUGCCCCGCGGCAUCCGGCUCUACACGUACGAGCAGAUCCCGGUGUUCCUGAAGGACAACCCCUACAUCACCGAUGGAUACCGCGCCUACCUGCCCUCCCGCCUCUGCAUCAAGAGCCUCUUCAUCCUCUCCAACGAGACCGUCAACAUCUGGAGCCACCUGCUCGGCUUCCUGCUCUUCUUCACGCUGGGCAUCUACGACCUGACGGCCGUGCUGCCGGCGGCCGGCGCCUCCCGCGAGGACUUCGUCAUCUGCUCCGUCUGCCUCUUCUGCUUCCAGGUCUGUAUGCUUUGCUCAGUAGGAUAUCACCUGUUCUGCUGUCACCGCUCGGAGAAGACCAGCCGGCGCUGGAUGGCACUGGAUUAUGCGGGAAUUUCCAUCGGGAUCCUGGGCUGCUAUGUGUCAGGCGUGUUCUAUGCCUUCUACUGCAGUAAUUACUGGCGCCAGGUGUAUUUGAUCACUGUGCUGGCCAUGAUCCUGGCAGUGUUUUUUGCUCAGAUCCACCCCAGUUACCUCACACAGCAGUGGCACAGGCUGCGCUCCAUCAUUUUCUGUUCCGUGUCUGGGUAUGGAAUCAUUCCCACCAUCCACUGGGUUUGGCUUAAUGGCGGCGUUGGUGCAUCCAUUGUACAGGAGUUUGCUCCGCGGGUAGUUGUCAUGUACUUCAUCGCUGCUGUAGCUUUUCUCUUCUAUAUUUCCAAAGUUCCAGAAAGAUACUUCCCAGGCCAGCUGAACUACCUCGGCUCGAGCCACCAAGUGUGGCACAUCCUGGCAGUGGUGAUGCUGUACUGGUGGCACCAGUCCACGGUGUACAUCAUGCAGUACCGACACAGCAAGCCCUGCCCCGAGUACGGCACGGACUUGUGAGCCAAGAGGCAGCACAAGAGGAUUUGUGACUCUGAGGGUCUGGACCUCAUGUGAUGAGCUGUGCUGUCAAGUACUGAGGCAGUUCCUUUCCUGACUCCUGGACUGUUACCGCUUGCUGGGACAAAGUGUAACUGCAAGCUUUGGUAAACCCAACAGCACUGCCGGGGAUCUGAGGGGCAUUUCUUUCUCAGCCACUUCCUGCUCUACAGUCAAGUACCAAACAGAUCUUCCUGGAGCAGGACAGCAGGAGGCUGAGCUACCUUGGCAUGCAGAUCCCAGCAAGAUGUUUUGUUGCGUGGCAGACGUGAACGGCUCAAGCCAAGGGUGCUCAGGCCCGGACUCCAAGUUUUCAGGUGGUGUGCACACUUAGGAGAACACUCCUGACAGCGUGGCUGUAAAAUUGUGAGAACUGUGGGACCCGGUCCUGGAUCCGAACCACAGCCCCGUGGGCUGCGCAUCCGUUAGCCUUUGCCUGGAAGAUGUGCUUAUGCUUCAGCGUUGGCACAGGAACAUAUGAACUGGAAUGCAGUGGAUUUGUGCCCUGCUCUGGACAAGCUCUUUUCCGUUCCCUGGGAGCUAAGAUCACAUGAUAGCCAGCACACCUAGAUCUUCAUUGCAGAUCUUCCCCCAAGGGGGGUAGUGCCAUUGCUUGAAGAAAUUUCUCUAGAUCCCUUCAGUAAUCUGGAAUCAGUAUUCCGAAAUAUUCCAGGAGUAGCACUAAGCCUGCGUGUCCAUGUUUGUUGCUGUUUCACAAUCAGUGAACCUGCUCGGAUGCAAAUUCCUGACCUUUGGCCUUUCCAUGUGCACAAGGUGAUACUGCGCUCGUAGACACCGCUAUCCAAAAGGACUUGCUGCCACAAUCCUGCCACAGUGAAAAGGCUGUCUGGAGUUUCAGGAUGUGUUGUGGAACCAUCUCUUAUAAAAUUAACACCAGGGAGCCAUGAAAUACCCUAGUUAUUGGGUAGCUGUAGCUCAGCACAGUUAAGCUCCAGGGGUGCCAGUCUUCCAAACAGCACUGAAAUCCUUUGGACUUUGAGGUUAGAGGCAAUGAUGCUGUUAGGAUUAAUCCUAAGUGGCUUUGUCCCUGUGGAAGGGGCUUCCCCAUACUCCACUGGGAGAGGCCGGCUUUGUGCAGUGACUUCCUGAGGGCAGGCAGGCUCUGUUAGUCCCCCAAAGCUGCCUGUCCCAGGGCUAAGGCAGGGGAAUAGGGCUCGUGCUCCGGUCAGGGUGUGCCAAGGACAUGGGGAGUGGUGGUGGAAGCUUGUGGACAGGCACCUGAACUCCUUGGGCAUGGAGAAGGCAUGGAGAGGCUGGUUUUGGUGCUUUUUGUUGUUUUGUUUUUUUUAACUCCAGAAACAAGUAUUGACAAAACUGACUCUGUGUUAACAAUUCAGCUCCCAGAGCUUUAAGCCUUUCAGUGUAAACACUGAAUUUUUAAUGAUUUUCUUUUAACUUGACAGCCAAGCAAGUUUCAAGUGCACUAAUUACUACUACUGACGCCUGACAAGGAACUUGGAAGUAUAGAAGUCUGUUUCCAGUGUUAUGUGUACAGCAAUACUCGAAGAAUGUGUCUGUGCUCUGAAAUAGUACUGACUUUAGCAUUGGCUAAUGUAUUUUUUUAAUGGAAACUCUUAACUACUCUAGCAGUUUUCACCAGGUAAGGAAACUGAUUGCCAAGCUGUGCAUUUUUACUUGACACAAUUUAUCAAGCUGCAUGAUGGUCUUUGGUGUACAGACUGAAGCUAUAAAUAAAUUCCAGUUCAUUGACUGUU